CACGCUCCAGCUGCAGGGAACAACGUGCCAGGGGCUGGCCGAUGCCUCAUCGAGAGAGAAGGAAACCCCCUCCCCGGGCAGAAAUGAAAUCGGAACUGACAAAGUCCUCCGCGCCCCUGGGGAAAGAGCUCGCUGUGCCCACUGGGGCAAAGCCCCCGAGCCAGGACCACCGGGAGGCGGCGGCGGGGGGAACGGAAAGCUCCGGCCCGGGUUUCCCUGAGUCCCGGCGUCUCGCUGCCAUCCGGGGGGAAGAGUUUAGGCGGCAGCAACCUCGAGAGGGAUGAGAAAGGUGGUGGCGCGGUGGCUGCUUCUCCUCCAGGUUGUCCCCGUCCUGCCGGACCCCUCUCUCCCUCGCGGCCGCGUUUCGGCAGAGCCGCUGGGCGCCCUGCGGUGCGUCGGGCCGGGACGCCGGGCCCUGCCCUGCCCAGCCCGGCCCGGCGCGGGCGGCGCGGCCCGGGCAGAGCUCGCUGUGGGCCGCGGGGUGCCGGGCCGGGGCGGCCUCGGCAGAGCCGCCGCUCUCCGCUGUGGGAAACCGCCCUGGGUUGUCUGCUUGCUGUAGGAGCCGCCUCGUGAAUUGUUCUUAAGUUUUUAACUCUACUUAGCUGCGCCCGCUUUGGGGGAAAACGUCCCGGGUUUAUCAAUUUGGGGUGCGGAGCGCCAGGCCCAGGCAUCUCGGGCUGUUUAAACAGUGCUUAGGUUUGUUGUGCUUAAACUAGCCCCGCGUUCGCUUCCUAGCCUGUAUUUUUUAUUUGGUUUUUGCUUCGUGAAAUGUUUUGAAAGGUGCAUGGGAAAUAGGGACGCAGGAGGUGUGUUAGCCUUGAGGGGCAAUAAUACUCGUUGUCGAUGUAAAUACAGGUGGAGAUUACAUUUCUGGCCAACUUUGUUUCCCAUCGCAGUAAUCUCUGUUGUUCGGCAGGGAAAGCUGGUGAAGAAAUCCGGGCUGCACUGUGUUUGUCUCCGUGCUCAGAUUCCUAUCAAGGUUGCAUGCUGUGUAGUUCAUAAAUCAGCAGCUCGGUUUUCACUUGUCUGUUUUGUAGCUAAUGUUACAAGAGGCACAUUGUGUUACUUCACACGUUUAUUAUUAUAAUUAAUUUUCUUGUGUUUGUGUCUGGAAAGCUAUAAACAUUGGCGUAUUUCAAGGGUCUAAGGAUAUACUAAAACAACUUGGAACAAUCCUUCACUGGCAAAUUUGGAAACACACAGUAUUUUCAAUUCUUAAAUGGUUUGUUUUAGUACGUUAAUGAGUCAUAGAAAAACAAGUCUGAAUGUUCAUCUCAUAUUUAUUCCCAUGCAUGAAAGCAGGGUGAAACAGUACGUGUGUGGGAAUUUGAGAGGUUUGUGCAGCCUUUUUUUGAAGAUCUCCAGUACUGGAGUUUGAACGGUCUCCCUACACAACUUACUUGUAUGCUCGUUAAGAAAACCUUUGUAACUGUAAAGAAAAUAAUGUGCUUGAAUCCUCUGUGCAAUAACUUCGACCCAUUUCUUGCCAUAACUAUAAAUGACAUGGGGAACAACUUACUUCCUUUUCCUUUGGAGCUGGCUUUUAUGUAUUUAUUUUUAACAGGUCUCCUCUUCUUUAGCUUAAACAUUCCCAGCUACUUUAAUCUUUUCCUGUACGGUGUGUAUUUAAGCUCUGAUCAUUCUUGAUCCCCUUUUCUGGUCUCUUUCCAAUUAGUUCACACACUUGAGCCAAUUUGAAGGGUAGUAUUCCAGAGAAUACUCUCCAGAGAGAGUAUUCCAUCUGAGUCCUCAGCAGUACUGAGUAGUAGGGAAGAUUUAUGUGCCAUUCAAGCUGUGUUUCUGUUCAUACAUCCUGGUUUGAUGGCAUGCUAUUGUGAAAAAUGGCAAACAUUGUUGACAUAUUAAGCUUCUGUUCCGCUUAGUCUCCAGGUCUUUUCUGUACAGCUAUUACCUGAUAAGUUGUUCCCCUUUCAGUUGACUAUCCUUGCCUAAACAGAAAGUCUUGCUUUUUUUUUUUUAAAUCUGAUCAGUAAAGACAGGAUUAGAAUUCAGAAUUUUUCUUCCAUCAUGCUUUUCAGCUUGUUUCAGCUUGCUGUCACCUGCAAAAUAAACAUCUUUAUUUAAUCAUUAAACAAUACUAGUUUUAGGAGGGACCCCGUGGACCUUCAAUGGCUUACAUUACUUCUUGGUCCUAUUUUUCUGCAUGACCUUGCAGCCAAGAUGAAAAGUAGUAUUAAUUUAAUAUUAAAUUGGACCUAGUCCACAAACUAAAUCCUUACCACAUAGUACAUUUUUCUGACUCUAAUGAGGACCAGCCUGUGUAGUUCUGAGGUUGGUAGCAGAGAAUAUUCCAAGCUUAUCUUCUGUUAUUUGAUCUUUAGCAGUAGCAUGUUUAUUCCUUAGAUAUGCAGGGCACAGAUCACCCUGGAAUAGAUGUGGAGAAAUCUGGCCUCAGUAAAUAGGAUUUGAAAAUAUAUUUGGGCCACACAGUAACGCCCAUCUUAGCUGCAUUCUCCUAUCCCUGCGUCCCAUAAGUUUAGCUCAUCUGAACCUUCAGUCUUUCACAGGCAGAAGACCAUAGCAAAAAGCAGUUCUCUGUUUUGGACACCUUGUACUACUGAGCAUUUUGCUCAUUCACCAGAUAGAAUCUUUAAUAAAUUCAUAAGCUAAAUAUAGAAUCCCUUUUAUAAUAUGUCACAGCUGUCUCUCACUUCGGACUUUUACUUUGUAUGUCACUGUACUGUUUGAGCUCUUUCCUGAUGUGUAAGUUAGAUCUGUAUGACAGUACCUUUACUGGAAUUCUUGAAAUUUUAUGGUACUUCUUUCUCAGGAGGUUUUCAUUCCCUCCUAGUGGAGGCUGCCUUGAACCAUAGCUGUAAAGGAAGUUCCAGCAUAGCAGAGAAAUAUCCUCUUUUCCUCAGACUCCCUGUCUCUAACUUUGAUCUAGGAUAGACUAGAAAGCAUUUAGUGUUACAUACCCUCAACUGCCUGCCUUCACAUCAUGUGACAGCAACUGGGAGGAAAAGGGGAUCUCCCAAGAGUGGUGUCUGUGCAUCUCCAAAAGAAGGCUGAAACUGAGUGCCUGGUAAAACUAUAUCACAAGAGAGAACAGGAGAGAGAAAGGAACCUGGGGGAUUUAAGAGCAUCUCUUCUAAGAAAGUCUGCUGCUUCUACAGCCUUCCAUCUUAGUGUGGAAUUGAUGAUUUCACUUGAAAUACUCAUCUGAAUACAUUAACAAUAGGCAAGGGGUGAUUGUUCUUAAAAAAUGUUAAAAGUUCAGCAGUGUGUAACAGCUAACAGGAUACCCAGGAAAAGACCGUAUAUUUGUGACAUUUGCUAUAAACAGUUUGAAACUCCAUCAAAAUUAGCUAGGCAUUAUCUGAUACAUACUGGUCAAAAGCCAUUUGAAUGUCAUGUAUGCCAUAAAACAUUCAGGCAGCUAGUCCAUCUGGACAGGCAUCAGUUAACCCACAACCUGCCUUUUAAAUGUAUCAUCUGUCACAGAAACUUCAAAAACUUGAUCACUUUCUUUAAACAUCAGCAGCUCCAUAAUGAAAAUUACCAGAAUGAUAUCAAGCAAGCAGCAAAGUCUGUGGAUUCAAAGCAAGAUAAGGUCUUUUGUGGCAUAUUUCAAUGUUCUGUGUGCCGGAAAUCUUUUACAACUGAAGAGAGGUGGAUGCUGCAUCAGUGCCCAAAGGCAGAUCAUCUACGUAGUACCAGAAGGCGAAAGAAAACUCAUGCUUGUGAAUCAUGUAACAAGACAUUUCCAUCAAGAUCUAAGCUACAAAGACACUUUCUUAUUCACACUGGCCAGAAACCAUUUAAGUGUUCUUCAUGUGGUAAAUCUUUCAGACAGUCAACACACUUAAAAAUCCAUCAGCUCACGCACACAGAAGAAAGGCCUUUUCAGUGUUGUUUUUGUCAGAAGGGGUUUAAAAUACAGAGCAAACUUAUGAAGCACAAACAGCUCCAUGCCAGAAAUAAGACUUACCCCAAUAUUAUAUACAAAGCAAAGAAUCCUAAAUAUUCCAGACCACAAAACUCAUUGGAAGGAAAGAGGGAUAGUUUUGAGGAUGCUGAUACUUAUGAGUCCCAAGAGAACGACCCGCAUGAUGCUCACUCUAUUUAUAUUGUACCCUAUCAGUGCCCAGUAUGUGAGCAGUGUUUUGAAACAGAACAGGUUCUAAAUUUGCACAAAUGUUUUUAUGUGAGAGAUGACAAAAGUUCAAAUAAUGGUCCAACAGCAUGCAGCCGCAAAGUCAGUAUGAAAAAUAAAAUUUUGAUGAAGCUGAAGCGUGCUGGAGAAAAGGCAUCAAAUUCUUCUCUGCCUGACAGAAGAAGAAUUAAAUCAAGUCACUUGAAAAGUCGUGACCCAAUUGCAGCUAGAGAUCAGCGUUCUGAUCAGAAUGCUUCUACUAAGCCUUUAAAGGAUUGCCAUAGCAAGCUUGCCAUGCACAAGGCGAUUAGUAAUAAGAAAAGAAGAGCAGUCCCUUUGCCGUUACCUUGGCAGGAGUACCUACAACCUCACGAAUUAGGAAUUAAUUUAAAAGGUAUGCUCACUGGUGAAAGAAUAUUAAACAUCGAUGAUUCAGUGCGUAAUAAAGGUGACACUUUUUAUGGUUCAUCACAUGAUGGUUUCUUUGAUAAUCCAGAAAUACUUCACUGUGCUUUUUCAACUCCUACUAAAAAUGUACAUAACAGACACAAAGAGUGUAAAUGUGACAGAUGUGAAAAAAUCUUUCCUUCUUCAUCCAAACUUCAAAGACAUUAUCUUAUACACACGGGACAGAAGCCCUUUGGCUGUAAUGUUUGUGGGAAGACGUUUAGACAGUCAGCUCACUUAAAACGACAUCAGCUCACCCAUACUGAAAAGAGACCCUGUAAAAGCCCCGUUUGCCAGGUGAAAUUUGAAAAUCUGAACAAACUUUUCAAUCAUCAGGGAGAUCACAUUGAAUUUAAGUCUUCUCAGCCUGUGAGUUAUUCUCAAAGACCUUCACAGGCAUCUGGCUUUCAAGAUUUUGAGCUGAUUCAGUCAAACCAAGCACCUGAAAUCAAAGUUGAAACUGAGUCUGCAGACUUUGUUCUUGAUACCAGCAGUAGAAGCACACAGCCGUAUUUGUGUAGUAAAUCAUUAGAAACAGAGCAAAGCUGUUACAGUCAUUGUUAUGAUUUUUCCGAAGGUACAGAAAAAAGUAAAGUUAUUAAGAAAUUAUAUCAAUGCAGUGUUUGCUUUAAAACUUUUAAAUCACCUUCUAAGCUUGAAAGACAUUACCUAAUGCAUGCUGGGCAGAAGCCAUUUGAAUGUUCUGUUUGUGGUAAAAAUUUUAGACAGGCCCCACAUUUGAAAAGGCAUCACCUUACUCACUUUAAAAAGAGCUUAAAAAUCAGUUCAGUGGAGUAGGAGAACAACCCCCAGAGAAAUUUUUUUUCAUCAAAAAUGGAUGGUGUCCCAUUAAGUUAUAUAUGAAAAAUUUUGGUUACAUAAUUAGUAAAAGGCUUCUGUUGACUGAACAAUUGCCUGAAAGGGAUUAUCUCUGUAACAUAAGAGAUGACCUGAUGAAAAGUUCAUUUACUGUCUUCAAAACUGUCCACAAAACUGUCCACUUGAUAUAAUUUUGUGAUGUGUCUGAGAAUAUGGUAAAAACAAAAAAACGUGGAACAAAAAAGCAUUUUGCAUUUCUUUUCUUUCAGGUGAAUUUAUAAAUGCACAUUGUUACUGCAUUAUUAGUGUUGCAGCAAUCUGCAGUGCUCCCUGAGUCAGGUAUUUUAAGUUAUAUCUCUUCCCAUCUAGGAUUUUAUGGCAGUAUGCUGUCCAAUGAUACCUAUCAAAAAGUAAAGAUAAAACGGUAAUUCCCGGUAAACAGAAAAAUGGCCCUUUUACAUUCUUCUGCCUUCCUAUAUGUUGCAAACAAAGAACACUUGCUUUGUUUAGUUCAUGCUUUUUUAAAAACUGAUGGUUAUUUUUAGACAGAGAAGAUUCAAAAAAGAAAAAAUUGAGGAAGCAGAAAGUCUAAUGAGAAAAAUUGUUUAUGUAGCAAUAUAGAACAGUUAAUAGAGAAAAAUGUUUACUGCUCUGUAAUGUGCUUGGAAAUCUAUGGAUGAGCAAUUAGGUAAUUUUCGUUAUUUAUGAUACAGUAUGAGUACUGAAGUACUAAGGUUUAUGAUCAGUUCGUCCCUUUCACCACUUCAUUAUUUCUGCUCCUUAAUAUAGUUCUUGCCUUUUCUAGCUUUUUGGCCAGUUAACAGACUACUGAAAUAUUUUGCUGCAAGAGGACAAGAAAUUAACAUUAAUAUUAUUGCAUACAUUUACUGUCUGUUCACAGAGUACCAGUCUGCCCUCCUUCUAGCGUACAUACUUCACCAGUUACAGAAACAUUUUCUAAGAUGUGAUAAUAACUAUGAUACACAGCUUUGUCAGGAAGUCAUGUUCUCGUUACAUUAAAUAAAAGAAACUGAAAAUGACAUUUAGUUCAAAUUAGUUCCAGUUUGCAUUAAGAGAAUCUGUAGGUAUACUUACUUUCUGGUAAGCAGAGAGCUUUGCCUAUUGUACCUACGGGGCUGGCGAAAGCUAUAAAUUUAAUGGAACUUUAUUCAUUUUGAGUAAGAAUUUUGUUUUUUUCCUGUGAAAAAAAUACCUUUUAGUAUGUUUUCCACUGUUGUGCAACUUUUGAAUCGUUAAAACACAAAGUUUUUAAUUCUAUGUCUAAAUUAACAUAAGUGUAAGAUACAUGGCAUUCUUUUCACUAUUUAAAUAGAUCCAUAUUUAUUUAAGUAUUUUGGACUUUUUAAUUUUUGAAGUGAUUUAUCUAGGUCUUGUUGUGGCAUAAGCUCUAUAGUAUUCGGUAUAAAUGAAGUGACAGGUGAAGGGAUUUUUUUAUUUUAUUUUCCUACAUGUGAUUCUUUUCCAUUUUCAGAGAGAUUAAAACCAGGAAAAAUACUUGGAAACAGUCUGUAGUUACUAUGAUCUUUGUAUGACAGGCUAAUUCAGUAUCCUGACUAUAGCUUAUACAUUGAGAUUUUUUUCUCCCUAUGUGAAUUGUUUCAUAUUGAAAGACAGAAUACUGUAUAAAUAAUGUUUUGAAGGUGUAUUGUAGAGCUCUCUUAAAAUACUUGUAAUAAACUAUUUUAUUUAUAUUGUA